AUGGGACCGAGCAGGGAAGAUGCUAGAGUAGCAUCAGGACCCGACCCAGCCUACGACGAUGCCGAAGAACGACCUCCACCACUGCCGCCACGCCCAUUGUCGCAUGCUCCUGGGAAGCCUCCAGCCGCCGCUUCUGAUUCGGUAGAGAGGCCGAGCCUACAGUCCAAACCGACCACGGCCGUAUCCACCACCAACAUACAGACUUUAUCUUUCCCCGACGGCACGAGGGGCACCUUUACCAGCAGCGAGGGGCAGACCACGCCUGGUCAAGAGAAUGUUAACAUACCGGGCGACCUGGGGUCUAUGCGCGGCUUGAACACAGGAACAACCAGCGACCUAGACGAGGGCAUGAGUGUUAUGAGCAUUGCACCGACUGCGCGAGGCGCUGGAGAUUUGGAAAGCCUCCUGGUCGGGGAUACGAGCAAGAGAAGCCCAGCUUGGCAGAUGUUACAGUCGCAAUCGGCCAGCGUGCCACCGUUCGAAGCCAUGCGCCUGCCGUAUGGCUCGCCGCUCCUCGAAUUCGAAAGGGAGUUUGACAGUAUACCAGACGAGUCGCAAAAGGAGUGGACAGAUUCAGACCGCCUCACGAUUUGGAAAUCGAAGCUGAAGCACUACAUGAUCUUGUCGUCGGCCGGAAAACCAAUAUGGAGUCGCCAUGGAGAUCUGGCCCUGAUCAACUCGUCCAUGGGCGUGGUGCAGACCAUCAUUUCCUUCUACGAGGGCGCCAAGAACCCCCUCAUGGGGUUUACUGCCGGGAAUACGCGUUUCGUUAUCGUCACUGAGGGACCUCUAUACUUGGUCGCGAUCAGCAAGUUGGGGGAGAGCGAUGCGCAACUGCGUUCGCAACUGAACGCCUUGUACAUGCAAAUUCUCUCAACUCUGACCUUGCCUACGCUUCUCCAUAUAUUUAAGAAUAGGCCAUCAACGGACUUGCGAAAACCUCUUCAAGGCACAGAAACCAUGAUUUCAUCGCUGGCCGACAGUUUUACCAAGGGCUCUCCGUCCAUGUUGCUGGGAGCACUUGAGUGCCUCAAGAUACGCAAGUCCCAACGGCAAUCCAUCACCAACAUAUUUCUCAAGUCUAGAGCGCCAAACCUAUUGUAUGGCCUCAUUGUGGCGGGCGGUAAGCUUGUGAGCGUCAUCAGGCCUCGUAAACACUCACUUCACCCGAGUGAUUUGCAACUGAUAUUCAACAUGCUCUUCGCUUCCGGUGGUGUUAAAGGUGGAGGCGGCGAGAACUGGAUCCCUUUGUGCCUACCAGCUUUCAACAACCGGGGCUAUCUCUACAUGUACGUGAGUUUCUUGGAUGGCACGCAACCAGAAUCCCAAGACAAUAGCUCGGAAGCCAACUAUUCCACCGAGGAUGAAGUUGCGAUCAUACUCAUUAGUCCUGACAAGGAGAGCUUCUUCACCUUGCAGAAGAUGAGAAAUGAUGUGGUUGGCGAUUUACAGAAGAAGGGAAGUCUGGAUAUCGUCAAAGCUGCAGCAAAGAUUGGACGGCCAAAGAUCACGGAUAUUGCUCCAAGCACACAGAUCAGCCACUUUCUCUUCAAAUCCAAGGCCAAUGUGCAGUUCUGCAUGCCUUCGCUGGACCCAACCUUUGAUACCGGCAUCUCUCAUCGAAGACUGAUGUCCCUAUACCAUAACCUGCAUGCCACCGUGCACGCAAAGCACUCCCAUCUCAAGGUCAUGCAUUGUAUUGAUCAUGCCUCGACUUCUCUCGCGUGGAUCACACCCAUUUUUGAAUUCUACUGUGUGGCAGGACCAAAUGCAUCCAGACAAGCUCUGACUCAUGGUGCAAACAAGAUUAUCCAGUGGGCGAAAAGAGAAGAAGAACGCCUAUUUAUUAUCGGCGGUGGUGUUUUCUGA